UCGUGUAGUCGCGGAGUAGCAAGCAGUGUUGGCUAGGCCGCCGCCACGGCCGGUCUUAGAUGGGCGAGCUACAAUAUCCAGGCGCUGCCAGCGUCACGGACGACGAGAGGCAAUACCGCGCCCCGUUCAGGCGAGCGCCCCAGUACAGGUGGCCAGCGCCCGCGCCCCCACAGCCCUCGGCCUUCGCCCCGUGGCGUAGAGCGCCCGCUCCGCCGCGACCGCCCGACUACAGACGCAGUGCGUCUUACCCAGGAAAGCCUGAUGAAGGAUUCCAGGACCGAAGCGGCUUGGACAGUAUGCGUUCAUUAGAACACUAUUUAACGGACAUCAUGAGGGCGGACACGUCUGAAAAUAUGAAAAGCAAGUCGCCUUUCUUUCCCGGAGUGGAGGAAGGUGCCGGUGCUGCCGGGGCGGGGUCGCCUGCCGUCUCCGGGGACCAAACGCAGGAUGUCGUGAACCGACUCAGCGCCGCCGGUCUUUCGAUGUGCGUGAGUGCGCUCGGAUCGCCGGCGCGAUCGUCACCAGUGUCCGCCGGUUCUGAGCACGGCGAGCGAUUUAGCCGUAAAGUAUUUGUCGGCGGAUUGCCACCAGACAUCGACGAAGACGAGAUAACGUCUUCGUUUCGUCGCUUCGGGCCGCUGGUGGUAGACUGGCCUCACAAGGCUGAGAGCAAAAGCUAUUUUCCGCCCAAGGGUUACGCUUUUCUGCUGUUUCAAGAUGAAAGUUCGGUGGCUGCUUUGAUGGAAGCGUGCAUCACCGACGAGGACAAGCUGUACCUGUGUGUGUCGUCACCGACCAUCCGCGACAAGCCGGUCCAGAUCCGACCGUGGCGGCUGGCGGACGCUGACUUCGUACUGGACGCAAGCAUGCCGCUCGACCCGAGGAAGACCGUCUUCGUGGGAGGUGUUCCGCGUCCACUUAAAGCCGUCGAGCUUGCGAUGAUCAUGGACCGGCUGUACGGUGGAGUUUGCUAUGCCGGAAUCGACACUGACCCGGAACUCAAAUACCCGAAGGGCGCCGGACGGGUUGCGUUUUCGAACCAGCAGUCAUACAUAGCGGCCAUCUCGGCGCGGUUCGUGCAGCUGCAGCACGGCGACAUUGACAAGCGCGUCGAGGUGAAGCCGUACGUGUUGGACGACCAGAUGUGUGACGAGUGCGCCGGAGCGCGGUGCGGCUCGAAGUUUGCGCCGUUCUUUUGCGCCAACGUCACUUGUCUACAGUAUUAUUGCGAGCACUGCUGGGCGACGAUUCACUCUCGGCCCGGGCGCGAGUUCCACAAGCCGCUGGUGAAGGAGGGCGCCGACCGACCGCGCGCCGUGCCCUUUCGCUGGUGUUAACAAUCUACGGCGACGACGACUACCGACGGACAACAGACAGCCGAGUCUGCGUAUGUAACUUGACGUUCUAUAGCUUGACGAUUGACUGGUGCCAGCCAUAGCGACUAACCUUUCGUCGCUGGCAACAACAUCUGGGUCUCUAUGUAAAUGACUGUGUUUUUGUUUUUCUAUGAUUUGCCAACUGUCUCGCCGCUUGGCAUAAUUGUCGGCGUCCGAACUGUAAAUUGCCAACGUCUGUGCGGGGAUGCUGCAAAGAUGUCGGCAAUCGGUGAGACUUGGCCGAGAAGGUCUUGUUUGAGAAAUUGCGAACAAAACACAUUUGUGUCCAAUAAACGAAAUUUAACGUUCAAUUAGAAAUGCUUUAACGUUUAUCAUAAAUAAAAAGCAGCACGUGUUUUUUUAAAUAUUGCCUUUAAGUGGCCGGCGUCGAUAAUUUUUCAAACAAGACCUCUGAAUUUUUUUUCAACAGACAAUACCGUGAAACUACGAUUUUAGUAGAAAAUUUAAAAACUCCGCAACAUUAUCACGGACGUGACUCGCGAAUUACGGAUUAGUAUCGAGAUGUUUCUAAAUUUUGGACGCUUGUGGUUUUCGCGUCUAGAAUGCUGCAUUAUUUACUACUAAUAAUUAUUAAUGUUAAGCAAAAUAUAUAGAUUCAAGUACAAUAAUUACUACCAUUUUUUCCUAUAAACUCGCUUUCGACAUUAAGGCAACCAAGUUUAGUCGAUUACGGUACAGUUGCUAUUUUCGUGAGCGGGUUUGUUGAAAAUGGUUUUCUUAUAUAAGCAGAAUGUAACCUGAAUUAGCUAGCAUCUGUCCGUUUGUUGUUUGCGGCGACGUAUAUUGCGCGCGGUCGCAUUUUAGAUUACGUGGCCGUGCACUCGUUUAGAUAUUAAACGUUGAGAGACGAUUGGUCUUGAUUUCUUGAAGGUUUCUCCAUUAAGAGCACCGCAGGAGGAAUUGGGCUCGAAUUUGGAUGAGCAAUAGUCUAUUCCACGAGCAGUAGGUGCGUUCUCCUUUGGGUGCUCUAUGAGGAAAUCACAAAGUAAAACUGUACCUGUGUAGCUAGUAUAAAUUCUUGUGUUUUUUUAAAAAUUAGUUUUCGUUCGGUAUUGUCGACUGGGAGUCGAACGUUGGUGCGUUCUCGAAUAUUCUGUGGUUGUUGUUUGUUGUCUUUUUCCUUUCGUGUUACUACUGCGUUUGAUGUAUACUGGUUAUUUGUGUUGAUUGAUUUGAGAAUAUGCCUUGCCGUUUUCAUGGUUAAGUUUUGUAUUGUAAAAAGGUUGUAAAGGCUAUUAUGGUAACGGGUUUCGAUGAUUUUUUUUGUUUUGAUGGAUUCUUGAUUUUAUGGCAUUGUUCUAAGCGCUAUGAUGACGGGUAGACUCUUGCCACGAAUCUGGAAUGUUCGGAAUCCACUAAAACUGACAAUCACGGUAAGAUCCCGAUAAAAUCGAUAAGUGCAAGGAAUAUAAUAUUGUAAAUCAGCCCUUUCUAAAUAUGACUCACAAUUUUGUUCCUUGGACGUGUUGUAAUAAUUUGUGCUGUCAAAAUAGUUGCUGAGAAAUUUGAUAGAUUUUGGUGAUUUAAUCCUGGUAAUUUAUAAAAAAAUCGUAUAGACAUUUCUCAGUCGAUCAACGCGAAUAAACUACAGUUGUUUGAUCGUGUUUUUUUCGUUCUAAAGAAAUGACUCAAGUUGAUCAAUUUUCGAUGAUUUGCUUUUCGAAUUAAAAGUAAACUACACAUUAAAAAACAAAUUAAUACUAUCUUUUUGAGUAAAUUUGAGUAAAGCCUUUGACGAAACGCGCGAUCAAACUUGAUAAUGACUUUUGUUGUCUCUUGUCAUCCUGGGAGGCGUUUAGUGGAGGGGGAGGAGUGUUAGUACAAAAUGGAGGCACGUUAUGACGACGAGGCUGAUUCACUUGGUUUUUUGGGUACUUUAAUUUGGUAAUUUUUAUAUCUCGUCGUCAAAAACGAGUCUUAGUCCUUUUUGAAGAGUUACCAAUAAUUGGGCUGUAGAUUUUUUAUGUAUGUAGCGUAUUUUAAUAUAAUAUAUAUAUAUAUAUUUAACCAAAUGAAAUAUAUUUUCGAUUCGCCGGGAUAGUGCAAUGGACUAGUAGGUUUUGAAAAUUUAGUGUAAAAAAUCGUUUUUUUUUUUUGUACGUGUAAAACUGUUGCUAAACAUUUUGAACGGCAACGACACUUGGGAUUUGUAGCCCGCACGUGGCCUCUGUGUUGCAACACCAUUAAUUGUAAUUUUUAUCUUUACAUUUAUACGUCAAUCAAAUUGAGAAGCAAUAUAUUUAUUUAGGCCUUAGUGUGUUAGUUAAUUUGAGAGGCGCUCGUGCAUGUCGUGGCGUUAGUGAAUUUGACUUUAGACUUUAAAAUUAUAUAAAUAAUGUUUAAUGAUUCCGUAGACUAAAGACUAAGACUAAAACAUAAAUUAAAAACAAUAGAAGGCAAAAUUAGGCAAUCCGGGCGCUAACAGAAAUCGACAUGAUUACUUCAGUGCACCGCGUAAAACACCGGUGACCUACAAGGCAGUCAAUGUGUUAAUGAUGUGUAGUUAAUUUUUAUUUGGCAACAUUUUAUAUGCACAUAAAAUGUAAUUUAAAAAUUGUGUGUGUAUUUAGAUUAUUUUUAUUUUCCUUGUUUUUUGAUGUGAGUUAGUGGUAAUUUUGGCGAUUUGCAGCGCGUUUUGAUGCAGCGAUUAGGACGCUCAUUAGCUGUGCCCGGUUCGGUUGGGAAUAAUUCUGAAACUGUAGAAUAAUUGGCAUUGAAGAACUAGGCUAGGGGUGUUUUCGUCGCGAAUGAGAAGGGUCGCAGAUCGCCUUGAGAUGACGAAUAUUUUUCUAUAUUUUUAAAUUAGAGGACCAAUUAUACUUUGCGGGGGGAUGCUUCUGUAUUCGUAGCGCCCGCGAGAACUCGUUGAAUUUGGUGAUUCACUUCAGUUUGAUGAGUUAUCUACUUUCUAAAUGUUUCAUGUGCGUUUUGGGUACGCCACGUUGAAUCGGCCAAACAAAAUCUAGGCAUGAUGUUUGUAGUUUAAAAACAAUCAUUUUUUCUCCACUAGUAAGCGGUGUGGCCUGCGCGCUUGUGUGAUAUGCCCCGGCCGCUUGCCUGUAUCGUCAAGUUGUACUUAAUAUCCGUCGGACUGUAUCCCUGAAUCACCACGGAUAUUGUAGACUGUAGUUAAAAAGACUAGCGAUUUUUGGAUGGUUUUUUCUUUAGAAUGUUACUGUAGUUUCCUCGUGUCUUGGGCUCUAUGCUUAAAGCGUGCCUUUCGUCUGUCCGUUUGUUGAUGUUACCCCUCCUGAAUCGGUUUAGUUUUGGGCACAAGAGCUCUUGCGCAGCUCUGCGUGAUGACCUGCGAAAUGUUAGGUUUUUCACUUUCCUGGUAAUUCUUUGAAUCGACUGGUCACGUAUUACCAAGCUCGUGAACUAAAUCUUAAACUCUCGAUGUCAUCGAUUUUUCUUUUUGAGUUCCGUGCUGAGCGCCACCAAUGUUCGGGAUUGUUGAUCGACCGUUACAAAUUUUAUUAGAAUAUUUAUUGUUUUUUUACCUCUAUGUAGUUACAAAAUAGAGGUAAAAAACAAUAUAAUAUAUUCUAAUAAAGUUUGUUACAAAAAUCUGUCUGGUUACAAAAAAUAGGCAUAUAUUUUUGAAACGAUACGUGAUUUUCGGAUUAAAGAAACAAUUUUUUCUAAAGUUUAAGUAGGUGCAAUUGUAUUUAUUAGAGAGGGCAUUUUAGUGAAAUUUUCAUUGACGAAGUCGCACCGUGAAACUUGACGUUGAAAUUAAUAAAUAUAAAGAUCACUUCUUAAUAUAUAGAAACUUAGACGAAUAGUUUGAAAUUUUUAUAUAUUUUCUUAGAGCUUAGGUAAUUUAAUAGUAAUAAUUAUAGUAUGAAUUUUAAUACGUAACGUUUCACGGUGGAGGCGCGCUGUCUCUGUUGUAGUGAAAUUGAUAAAAAUUAAAUAUAAUAAUAUAAUAGUCGAAAUGUGAAUAUGAAAAAAGAUUUUUCUCUCGUAAGUGAAAAAGUUUAAAAUAGAGCAUAUUUUUUAAAUUACGCCCUGUGCGCAUUCUUAACGAAGAUGCAUUUCCAUCUUUCUUAUUUCAUAACCGACACAAUGUUUCCACAUUCUCGUUUCAUGGUAGAAUUUGAAAAUUUAUUCCUUGCAACUCUGAACGUCUUUAUUUCUGGGGAUUUGUGCGUUUUUAUUUGAUAUAUUAAUAAUUGUGUUUAUUUGAUUUGGUGGGAUUGCUCAAAUGAUUGUUCUCGAAAUUGCGCCCCCUUGAUGUCCCCUCCCCUCCCCCCUUAAUGAAGUUCAACAAUGGCGAAAUGCUUCGAGGAGCGUGUUGUGUGAAUGUCGUAUAGCACUAUCCCAUUUUGUAUUUUUGUAUUUUUAUAAAAAAAAAACGAUGAUUGUGUAUAAUAAUUCGGAUUCGGACGUGAUUUUUUUGAGCGCGCAACGUUGGUACGCCUGUGCACGCGUGGUCUGUCGAUGAAUGACUAUGGUCUCCCAACGACUGGUGACUUGUGUUUUGAAGAUGUUGAGGUUGAGAGUUGUGUGCGAGCCGUGGUCUUACUGUUUAAAUGGAGUUUUUUUUUUAUUGUUUAGCGUUUCACAUUGACGGGAGAGAGUUUCUCGCCGCCUUUUGAUGCGUUCUCGUAGUGGUUUGUUGUGUCGUAGAAUUUUUAAUUUCACGUUUUUCAGUUAAUUUGGAAGGAUGUUUAAGUUUUAACUACGGGAUUGCCUUGUUCGUUUAUAGGUUGACUUUGGUUUUGUUUAUAAUCGCUUUGUCGUUCUGCGAUGCGGUUUUUUCGAGUUUUUGAAAGCUGCGAUUGAAAAAUUGGGACGUUUUUCGCGUGGCGUUUUAAUUUUUCUGUCGUCGUUUCCUACUUACGUUGUUAUUGUUGUAUGUUAUCCGUUUUUAUUGUGUACGUGUUUAUAAAAAAAUAAAAAUUCUGUUUGGAUAAUUUUGUAUGGCAUAUCACAGAGUAUAGUUCGCACUGCGGGGGGCAGUUUGUCAUACGUAUAUAUUAUUAUGUAUAUAUUUAAGUAUUAUAUUAAAAUAUUGUAUUUAAUAUGUUAUUAAGAAAGAAUUUCGUAUAUAUAUAUAAUAUAUACUGGGUGUUAGGAGACCGCUUCCGAAAACGAAGACAGACGAUAAUACUAAUGACACCUUUAAUGAUGGAGUUAUUUAGACAAAUGUUGUAAAUAAGUAUUUGUGGGAUCGCGCGAGUCUACGCUGCAUCAGCUGUUUUUGAUUUUGUGUUUCAUUGCUGUUUUUUUUAGUAAUGUAUUUAUUAUGAAACUCGUUUCAUUCAGCUGUACUAAAUGAUAGACCGUACAUAAUGCUAAUAAAACGUUUUUAAAAUAUAUAUUUUUAAAUCAGGUUUUUUUUUCCGUCCCGUCAUCAAAGGUGUCAUUAGUACUAUCGUCUGUCUUCGUUUUGGGAAGCGUCUUCUAGCACACAGUAUACAUUUUUUUAAAUGAAAUUUGAUACUUUUUAGCUAAAAUGAAACUGUUCGAAUUGUUGUUGUUGUUAUGAAAGUGUACGUCCCCUCGUCGUUCUCUCGAGUGAGUUUCGCACCAUUUCACUUGCAUGUAUAUAGAAUCGUUGGAUUUCCUAGUAAAAAAUUAAAAAAAACCUUAAAAAUCCGCAAAAAAAAAGUAAACAUUUUUUGAUACUUCUAAAUCGGAGCGGAUCGGCGUAUUAGUGAAUUUCUCGUAUUUAGCGUUUCGCGCGAACGGGAAGCGUGUGUUCUCUCGUGCUAGAAUAUUUUAGUGAAAAUUUGAACGGUUUAUAUAAAUAAAUAAAUAAUACGAUGAUAGAGGAGUGUAGAUUCAUUACCUAGAUGAAAAUUAAAUAAAAAUAGUACCUAAAUAAUUAAUGAAGUUAGACAAAUGUUUUUAGUUUUUUUUUCGAUGUCUGUGCGCGCGCCAUUUCAAUGCCCAAUCCGUUGACGUUUGGUGGUUGUGUUGCCAGUUCGCUCUACCGGACCCCCGACGUCGCUUUGGGCCUUGAAAGCUCGCGGUCUUCAAUGAAGGUUUAUCACUAUAUUUUUUAAUAAUUCUGAAUUUUCUCUUAGUGAUUCACGCCGCGAAUGGUGCAUUUAAAAUUAUUUUUUUAAAACAGGAUUUUGCAGUCGCCGUCUCGAUAUACUUUAAUAAAUAAUAAAUGCAAUAUCCCAUUGGUUUGGUUUCAGAUUUGUACUUAAAAUGAUUGUGGAUAUUUAUGUAUUUGCUCUUGAAAUUGGAGUAAUUAAUAUUGUGACCUACUUGUUUGUCUGCGUAGAGGCAUUAAAUUAAUGAAGCCUUAAAUAUGUCGAGACGACGACACCAUUAUUGAUUCCCAAAUGAAAGUAUAAUAUAUUUUUAUAGAAAAUUGUUUCUGUCGAGUGUUUCAUAGAAUCAGUUUUGUUGAUUUGUGGUCGUGUUUAUUACAUUUGCAAUGGUCGUCCGGCACGCUGCCUCUGGUUCGGUUUGUUUUUUUUCAUUCUUAAAAACAAUUUUACCUAGUGACAACUUAGUGAGAGAAUAUGUAAUUAAGAUUAAUUUUUAAGCUUUCCUUUAGCGAUAAGCACUCUAUGGGCAAAAUGCUUGUGAUCUUCUCGUCUGUCAACACAGUCUGUUUGUUGUAAUUUUUGAUUUUGCGGUAAAUAUGUUAAUGAGAUGGCGGCAGCAAGCAUAUGUCACAAACUACUCUGUUUUGCUGUGGGUGGGUCGUUCAGAAAUGCGCUUUGACGGACGAAAAGAUCUCGGUAUUAUGCGAGACCGAACCGGACUAGCAGUUUUGAUUUGGAAGUUUUGAGCAUUUCAACAUGUUUAAUGUGUUUUUUUUCUCACUUUUAAAUAAUUAUCUAUAUUGGCGUUGUCGAAUUUGCUUUUAUAUUACUUAUUUUAAUUCAGUUUAAAUAAAUGCAUAUGAAUUCUUUUAGACUAUUGUGAAAACUAUUAAAAUGAAUUUGAAACUU